AUGGUUCGUGCUGUGGUCGCCCUACUCUGCCUGCAGGCGUGCGCGCUGGCGGCGCCCAGAGCUGGGACGCCGUCGCCCCGGAGGGUCCGCGGGCGCAUCAUCAACGGCACCGACGCCAGCGUCGCCGACUUCCCGUGGAUGCUGUCGAUGGAAGCGGCGGGCGAGCAGUUUCCGAGCCCUUCCCAUUGGGCCCCAACGUCCAGCCCGUCGGCCUCCCCCCCAGAUGGGUACGAGGCCCCAGCUGGGCUGCCCGUCACCGCCACCGGCUGGGGCGCGACCGAAGAGGUCUGGUACCCUGACGUGCUGCAGAGGGUCGACGUCGAGGUGUUGGACCGGUCGGUGUGCGAGGAGCACCUGGGCUCCAUCCACACAGUGACGGCGAGCAUGCUGUGCGCUGGGCAGGAGGGCCACGGCGACUCUGGAAGCCCGCUGGUGCACAACGGCACCCAGCUCGGCACCGUGUCCUGGGGGCAGCCCACCUGCGUCGGCCCAGCUGCCGUCUACGGCAACGUCGCCAGCGUCGGCUCCUGGAUCAGGAACACUACCGAGGCCUAG